CACUAAAAGUCAAUAGCUUUUGGGCUUUGGAUGGCCUGGAACUCCUCCCAAGGCUGUUGUUCGGUCUUUCAAUGAUGUGAGGUCCAACCAGCCAAAAUAGCCCAAAGCAAAAAAUGACCCAAGAAACAAGACAGGACCAGUUUUUCCAGAGACAGCCCAUGCAAGAUGCAAACGCCGGCCGACCAUGAAAACAGCAAACUAGGAAUGCCCCUGGAUUUCCGACAUACGAGUAAAAAGUAGAAGGAAACUUCAAAAGCCAAUAAAAACCAUUGGCGCCCAACUUUUUUAGCACUUGAAACUCUAAUUUUCUUCCUAAUAAAUUGAAAUUGAGGAUCAGCAGCAGCAGCACUCUUAUGAAGCUGCAAAAGAAAUGGCAAAAAAUCUACAUCACCAUCAUCAACAUCAAAGCAAGAAUAACAUUUGCACAAAAUUUGUAUUUUUUGUGUCUUUUGCCUGUCUUGUGGGAUUGGCUUGCAUUGUAAAUGUCUUGUGGGCAUCUUCUUUUUCUUUUUCCUCUCCAUAUCUUAACGUUGUAUACAAUUGGGUGUCUCAGAAACCUCGUCUCUUUGUCGUGCCAAGGGCUGAAGAAGAAGAACCCAACAUUGCUGACAAGAUAGGGGAUGGAAUCCUGGAAAGAAAGACGGGACGUGUAGCUGAGAGAUUCCUAUCAGCAACAUUUGCCGAUUUACCAGCACCUGAUUUGCCAUGGGAACAGAUGCCAUCAGCACCAGUUCCACGUCUUGAUGGAUCAUCAAUACAGAUUAAGAAUCUUUUCUAUGUUCUUUCAGGAUAUGGCACUCUUGACUAUGUGCACUCUCAUGUUGAUGUGUUUAAUUUCACUGAUAAUACAUGGUGUGGGAGGUUUGAUGCGCCAAAAGACAUGGCAAAUUCACAUCUAGGAGUGGCAAGUGAUGGGAGAUACAUAUAUGUGAUCUCAGGUCAAUAUGGCCCACAAUGUAGGAGCCCUACUGCUCGUACUUUUGUUCUUGAUACUCAGACAAGGAGAUGGAGCAGCCUGCCUCCUUUACCAGCCCCCAGGUAUGCUCCAGCAACUCAGUUAUGGAGAGGCAGACUCAAUGUGAUGGGGGGCAGCAAAGAAAACCGCCACACGCCUGGAUUGGAGCAUUGGAGUAUAGCAGUAAAAGAUGGCAAAGCAUUGGAGAAAGAGUGGCGGACUGAGAUCCCAAUCCCUCGUGGAGGACCGCAUAGGGCUUGUGUUGUGGUCAAUGACCGACUGUUUGUAAUUGGUGGUCAAGAGGGAGAUUUCAUGGCAAAACCUGGAUCACCUAUCUUCAAAUGUUCACGCAGAAAAGAGGUGGUCUAUAGUGAUGUUUACAUGCUAGAUGCUAAAAUGAAGAAAUGGGAAGUCUUACCUCCAUUGCCAAAACCAAACUCCCAUAUAGAAUGUUCUUGGGUAAUUGUCAACAAUUCAAUCAUAAUCACAGGUGGUACAACAGAAAAACACCCAGUGAACAAAAGGAUGAUGCUGGUUGGGGAGGUUUUCCAGUUCCGUUUAGAUUCACUGACUUGGUCAGUGAUUGGAAAGCUUCCUUACCGUAUCAAGACUACCCUAGCUGGUUUCUGGGAUGGAUAUUUGUAUUUUACAUCUGGACAGCGAGACAGAGGACCAGAUAAUCCACAGCCAAAGAUGGUCGUUGGUGAGAUGUGGAGAGCCAAAUUGAAUUUGUGAUUAAAUUUUUUUCCCUAGCUUAAACUGUCUCUUCAACAUUGUUAUAGCUCUUUCCCUUUCCUUGAAAUACAAAUCUUGUGUCAAGUAUUGCCAUUCAAUUCUUUUUUCUCCCGAUGGUGGUUUAUGAUAAUUAGACGAUUCAUCAUCAGAAAUUUUGUUAGCUUCAUGUGUACAUUAUGAUUUGUAAUGAAAACUGGAUUUGUAUUCUUCUCUAAACAUUGCUACCCUAAAACUUAGGCUGAUCAAACAGCAAAAUUGUACAUAAUAGUCUACUAUUUGAUUAUUGGCAAGCUGCCAAGGGGACCAAACCAGAAACUAUAUGCUUGUUUUCCACUUUUACA